AUGGGGGCAGCGGGGUCGAAACUAGAGAAGGCGCUGGGAGACCAAUUCCCCGAAGGCGAGCGAUAUUUUGGUCUUGAAAAUUUCGGCAACACUUGCUAUUGCAACAGCGUUCUUCAGGCUCUGUACUUCUGUGUUCCAUUUCGCGAGCAGUUGCUAGAAUAUUAUUCAAAUAACAAAAGUCCAGCUGAUGCAGAUGAAAAUCUCUUGACGUGCCUAGCAGAUUUAUUUACACAGAUAAGCUCGCAAAAGAGAAAAACUGGUGUUAUUGCUCCAAAGCGGUUUGUACAGAGAUUGAGGAAGCAAAAUGAAAUUUUUCGUAGCUAUAUGCACCAGGAUGCUCAUGAAUUUCUCAACUAUUUGUUAAAUGAACUGGUUGACAUACUGGAGAAAGAGGCUCGCGCUUCUAAGAGUGAUCAAGAAUCUUCAUCUCCAUCAGAAAAGAUUUCUAAUGGACCAAAUAAUAUGUCUGUUAAUGGUCAUCAAAAGGAGCCUAUAGUCACUUGGGUGCACAAAAAUUUCCAGGGUAUUUUGACAAAUGAAACGAGAACAGUUCUAUUACAAGCUGUCUCAAAAAUUUUAGUUGUUGACUCUGAAAUUUACGUCUUCUUAAAUUUUUCUGCGACAAGUGUUGCAGUUUACAGGAGGCCCAGAAGAGAAUGA